AAUCACAUUCAUUUUUCAUCUCGUUGUGUUUCCAUUUUGCAGCCUACGUUUCCAGUAGGUCCAACAAUAGGAACGAACGCAGCUAUUAGUUUUGCUCCUUAUAUAACACCAGUAACAACUGGAGUUGGGUUAGUUCCUACUGAAAUCCUACCCACACCACCUGUAAUUGUUCCUGGAAGUCCACCUGUCUCAGUCCCUGGUUCAACUGCUACUCAGAAACUCCUCAGGACUGAUAAACUGGAGGUAUGCAGGGAGUUCCAGCGAGGAAACUGUGCGCGCGGAGAGACUGAUUGCCGCUUUGCACAUCCUGCAGACAGCACAAUGAUUGACACAAAUGACAACACUGUAACCGUUUGUAUGGAUUAUAUAAAAGGUCGUUGCAUGAGGGAGAAAUGCAAAUAUUUUCACCCUCCUGCACAUUUGCAGGCCAAAAUCAAAGCUGCUCAACACCAAGCCAACCAGGCUGCAGUGGCAGCUCAAGCUGCUGCUGCAGCUGCUACAGUGAUGACUCAGUCGACUGCCAAAGCAAUGAAGCGACCUCUCGAAGCAACUGUAGACCUGGCCUUUCCUCCCAGUGUUCUUCAUCCAUUACCAAAGAGACAAGCACUUGAAAAAAACAAUGGUGCCAGUGCCGUUUUUAAUCCCAGUGUCUUGCACUAUCAACAGGCGCUUGCCAAUGCACAGUUGCAGCAACACGCAGCAUUUAUUCCAACAGGGUCAGUUUUGUGCAUGACACCCGCUACCAGUAUUGUACCCAUGAUGCACAGCGCUACGUCCGCCACUGUCUCUGCAGCAACAACUCCUGCAACAAGUGUCCCCUUCGCCGCAACAGCCACAGCCAAUCAGAUAAUCCUGAAAUAAUCAGCAGAAAUGGAAUGGAAUGUCAAGAAGCCUCACUGAGAAUGGCAAAACAUUGUUACUGUACAUACUGUCCUGUUUCCUCCUCUUUAGAGUUGCCACAAACUGCAUGCUAAGUAAAGAUUUUGUUCUUAUGGACAAAUCACAAACUCUAAGAAGCUAGUGCUGCUAUGUUAUAUAUGAAUAGUAAAUAUGGUAUGCUUACUGUAUCCCAACCUAAAAUAGUUAACUACCUGAUACCAGCUGUGAUGUUUCAAGACUUAAAGGGUACAUUUACUUUUAAAGAUUUUAUAAACAUAGUUUACUUCUUAGGAAUAUUGUCUUAUCUCCAUAACUAUAGCGAAUGCAAAUGGUCCAAUUAAUUUAGUAUUAUAAGAUUCAUGACGUUAUGAAUCUUUCAAGUUUAGCAAUAAUUCAUUUAUAUUGGCUAAGAUAUAUCCCAGUUGCAGGUUUAUUUUUAACCCUAAUUAUACAUGUUUUGUUUUUUUCCUUGGUUAAAGUAGUCCUGUGUUUACUUCCCUAGUGAGUUGAUUCCCAGACAAAGAAAGGAAGUGAAACACACUACAGUCCUUGUGCUCAUCACCCUGCCAGUCUACAAUUUUAAAUAGAAAACCCAAAGCAAAGCACAAAUCUUUAGAUGCACCUAAGUUGAUAUUUGACUUGGAUGAACAAGCUGCAUUGAAUCGUGGGAUUCUAGAAUAGCAAAAGAAAAAUCUAAAACUUUGCACGGUAUGAAUCUCAUACCCCCAACAAAGUCUUGAAAAUUUUAUUUUACAAGUAUAUUUAUAAUGUUUUUAAAAGAGACUUUGCAGAAGUGCCUAAAAUUUGCCACAUCAGACUUGAAGGAAGUGAGGCUGAUGCCAACAAUCUAAUAUACAGUAAGUGAUAAAUGUUUCAAAAUUGCAAUCAGAUUAUCACAAAGAGCCAAGCUAUUAAGUAACUUCUAUAAACAACCAAACAGCUAAUUAAAGAGGCUGUAGGUGAGGAGAUUUCUAUGAUAUUCUCAUUUAAAAAAAAUGAAUUCAGUCACUGAAAACCUGGUAAGUGACUUUAAUCUAGAUUAUUAAUGAAAAAUUAAACGUGUAGUGAGCGCUUAAGUUUAAUAAACCAUUACUGUUCUUGUAUUUUUUAAAUUAGAUUAUAGGAUGAUAACUGGAUUACAGAGUGGAGAAAUAAUACUAGUUAUUUUAAUCUUUUUUCUUUAAAACAUUUUAUGUCACAAAGUAUGAAGAUAUCUUUAAUACAAUUAUAUACAUAUUAUAUAUACAUACAUACAUACAUAUAUAUGGAUGAAACAGAUUUUAAUGUUGUUUACUUUUUUAAAUGAUUUGUUGAUUUACACAGUAAUUAUAUAUGUACAACUAAAAUUUCAUUUAAGUUUGGUUUAAGAUUUGUUUCAAGCACUAUUGUACCAAAUAUUUCAUAUUUCACAUUUUACAUGUUGCACAUGUGUCACAUAAAUACAUCGUUUUUAAAUUAUGAUUUAAAAAACAAAACAGCUGUUAUAAAUGAAUAUUAUGUAUAAUUGUUUGCAGCAUCAGUUUUCUAUGUGGACAUUAUUAGUGAUUGCAGUAUUUUAACUUAAACUUUACAGAUUGAUUGUAAAAUAUUUUAAACUUUGGCAGCACUGCCUGUUCUGAAAGACUAGAGGCACUAACAACAUGAUUAUUUGUUUUGGAAAUGACUUCCCAUUCUAAAUCUUGUUUGUCAAAUGUCUAAUUACUAUCUCUUUACAUUAAGAUUGUAGAUUUGAUCACCCAGAAGAAAACAAAAUCACAAUCUGAUUGUAAAAUUAACAUAGUGCUUGUAAUGUUGCAUUUGUUUUAAUUUGUGGGAAAAUAAUGUAUCUUAACUAGUUCCUUUAGCAGUUAAGGUAUCACCAUUAUGUACUAUUAAAACACUAAUGUUUGUAGACUUUCUCAGUCAUUUUAACCGGGUAGUUGACACUGCAACUUGCCUAUAUCUGUCAAAGUUGUUUUUAUUUUAUUUUUUUUAAUACUAGUUAAUUUAGGCAUUUUGGUAGCAUAUUGUAUAAUACUAAAUGGUAAAUUAUCCACGUUGUUUAAAUAUUUUCUGUAGUGAACUCUUUAAAACAUUGUUUUGUGUGAUCUUUUUAUGUUUCAGAAUAAUUAUUCUAUAUUUUUUACAGUUAAUCCAAUAUUACUAUUUUUGGCCCGUUGAUGACAACAUUCCAGAUACAUCAGGGCUUACAUCCAGACAAAUUUACACACAAAAGAAAAAAUGUAUUUUUAAUAUGAGAUCCAUUUUCCGACUUUAUGACUUUGUAAUAUUCCUCAAAACUGUGAAAGUGCAAACCUAUGCUAACAAGGAGGCAAUUACGCAGAUGAGCAAAUAAAUGUAGAACAGAUUCUGCAUUUUAUUUAUUUAUAAAGUAAUUUUAUAGAAUAUUUCAAAAUUUGGGAAGAUCUAAAACUAUUUUUCUGUAUAAAUAUUAUUUGCCAAAACUUUGUUUAUAUUUUAAAAAGAAAGUCUAAUGGAGAUGAAUAAAUCUUAAAUGCUUUGUUGAAUUAAAGAAAAGGAACUCCCCAGAAAAAACCAUGAGAUGGGCCAACACUGAGAAACUAUAGUUGAGAGGUAAUUUCAAGUUACUUGAGAUGUCUCUGUAUUUAUUUUGUACAAAUGAAACAGCACUUCACCAAAAUACCUUAUCAUUUGCCUCUCUCAUACAAAAUAUAAUUGACAACAGUUCUACUGACUAUUUCAAUAACAGUUUAAGAAUCCCCUUUAUUCAUUCCUUUCACUGUAACCAUAGCAAUCUGUUAAAAUAUCCAUUAUAUUUUUGUUGUGACGUUAAAUUUAUUCACCCAAUGUGCAACCACUGAAAUAAAAAGAAGCAUUUUAAAACGA